AUGAACCUCCAUGGCAUUGCCGCCGCCCUAUUACUUGUCGCACCGGCAUGGCUCGCGACGGCCUAUCCCAAUGAUACUUCGCGGGCAUUGAUGCAAGAUCCCUUCCUCGAUCUAGUCGACGGUUGCCCUCCAUGUCCUCGAUGCUUCGACUGCCACUACGACGAAUUCAAAUGCCUGCAAUUUGCAAGCUGCAGCAGCGCCAACGGGAAAUGCGUGUGUCCUCCUGGCUUCGGGGGAGACGACUGCGCGGAGCCGCUGUGCGGUUCCCUGGUCGAUGGCAAGAAUAGAUCACCAAGAAGAGGCGAUAAGUGCGAUUGCAGAGAUGGCUGGGAGGGAAUCAACUGCAACGUGUGCACUUCCAAUGAGGCAUUCCACGAAAACUACCAGGUGUGCAAUGUUACCAACAAGGCCAUUCUGGACCAGAUCGAUCCGCGCAUACCAGAGGUUACCUUCUCCUGCAACGCUGAAGACGCUACCUGCAACUUCCAGUUCUGGGUGGAUCAAAAGGAAUCGUUCUACUGUGCUCUCGACAAUUGCACUUCCACAUAUCAGGACACGAAUGUUCGCAAUACGACAAAAUAUCAAUGUCAAAACAUAAAGUGCUCUUGCAUACCAGAUCGGUUCUUGUGUGGCGAAGAUGGCUCCGUCAACAUCGACGAGUUCUUGGAGCAAGAGAUCAAGGGGCCAGCUUCCUUCUACUCGCAGCAUACCUAUGGCGGUAGCUCUAAGGAUGGCAGUCGUUUCGAAGAGCCGGCCAUGAACAACUUGAUAUCUAUGAUAUUCGGCGAUGAGUAUAUCUCACUUCAGUGUCGGGCAGGCGAAUGCCUGUAUGAGACGGAGGUGCCUGGAUAUACAAGACCUAUCAAAGAGAUCAACACCCCUUUGAUUGCAGGAAUCAUCGCCGGUUGCGCCCUCUUUGUCGUUGCCGUCACACUCAUAUCGUGGUACCUCUCGAGAAGAGCAGCGCUCAAGCGAUGGGGAGCCAUUCGACUAGGUGAAAAUGGUGAAAAUGAUGCCUCGCUAUCAAUGAUCAACCACACCCCGAUGUCUUUGCAAUUUGAGAACGUCUCUUAUGGUCUGAAAGGAAAGGAAAUCCUGUCUGGCAUUUCUGGCAUCGCCCACCCAGGCCAACUCACAGCCAUCAUGGGUGCGUCCGGCGCAGGCAAGUCUACGUUUCUCGAUAUUCUGGCUCGCAAGAAUAAACGUGGGACUGUCUUGGGCCAUAUGUAUGUCAAUGGCGAGAAGAUUCUCGACGGGGAAUACCGAAAUGUGGUGGGCUACGUCGACCAGGAGGACACCCUUUUGCCAACUCUGACCGUCCAUGAAACCAUUUCCACCAGUGCUCUCCUGCGACUACCAGCUGAUAUGGGCAUUUCUGUCAAGGAGCAGCGAGUUAUCGAAGUUAUGCAGCAACUCGGCAUUUAUCACAUCAAAGACCAAGUGAUUGGCUCGGAGGAAGGAAAUGGUCGAGGUAUUUCCGGUGGCGAAAAGCGACGGGUUGGUAUUGCUUGCGAGCUUGUGACAAGCCCAAGUAUUCUCUUCCUCGAUGAGCCAACCAGCGGACUCGACGCCUUCAACGCUUUUAACGUAGUUGAAUGUCUGGUCACAUUGGCCAAAACAUACAACCGGACCGUCAUUUUCACCAUUCAUCAACCUCGCUCCAACAUCGUGGCUCUUUUCGACCAGCUCAUUCUUCUUGCCAAAGGUCAAACCGUCUACUCUGGUCCCUUUUCAAGCUGUCAAUCAUACUUUGAUCAUAUUGGUUACUCCUGUCCGCCGGGUUUCAAUAUCGCGGACUAUCUGGUGGACCUGACAAUGCACGCCAGUAUUCCACGUUCUCCCAUAUUCGAGGACGUUCCGAAGGAUUUGCUCGACCGAGACAUCCCGGGAACGGAAUCAAGCAGCACGCGGGCUGUGAAGUCCAUUGCAAGUGUCUCAAACGUGAGCAUGGAAAGCCCACGCGAACCCUCGACUCGAAUAAAACCAAAGAGGAGGAUUUCGCUGAAACAAAAGCAGGACCGGCAAUUGUUUACUCGAAAGAAGGCUUCUGGGAGCGAAACUCCGCCAACACCAAAGACUGAUGAUGAAGACACUAUAAUGGGAAGGGCAACUGGCAGCAUGCGGAGCUGGCUACCCCUGUCGAAGCGAGAUGGGUCCAACCCGCCACCCCUUUUGGAGGAUCCUGACGACAUACCACCAGACGCCAACACCGACCUCGACAUUCUGGUGACCAGUUUCAAGAACUCAGAUGUCGCUCAGACGAUCCAUGACGAAAUCACAGCUUCAAUUCAAGCUGCAUCGGCGGCAAAUGGCCACGGUGGAGAAGACGCUGUAACCGAGCCCGUGACAGGCUCGAUUAAAGGCUUCCGGCGAGUCAGCCUUCCACGACAAUUUUUAAUCCUAUCCAGGCGGACUUGGCGGAACCUGUAUCGCAACCCUAUCCUGAUGCUGACCCACUAUGCUGUUGCUAUUCUGCUGGCGGUAUUGUCAGGAUGGCUCUUUUACGGCGUCACAGAUGACAUUGGCGGGUUCCAAAAUCGACUAGGUCUCUUCUUCUUCCUGCUGGCAUUGUUCGGUUUCAGCGGCCUGACAAGCUUGAACGUCUUCAGCGCAGAGCGGUUGAUCUUCGUUCGAGAACGUGCCAAUGGAUACUACUCUCCGAUCACUUACUAUGCUGCGAAGCUGCUCUUCGACAUUGUACCGCUCCGACUCAUCCCACCUAUCAUCAUGGGCAUCAUCAUCUAUCCAAUGUCUGGACUUCUCCCGAAGUGGGGCGUUUUCUUCACCUUUAUACUAAUAUUGGUGCUCUUUAACUUGGCUGCGGCGGCAAUCUGCUUGACGAUUGGUAUCGUGUUCAAAGAUCCCGCUGUCGCCAACUUGAUUGGUAGCUUGGUGAUGUUGUUCAGUUUGUUGUUUGCUGGCUUGCUCCUCAAUCUCAACCAUGAUAGCAUCCAAAAAGCAGCACAGUGGCUGCAGAUGUUAUCCAUCUUUCACUACGGCUACGAAGCUCUAAUCGUAAACGAGGUCGCAAAGCUGCGUCUCAAAGACCACCGGUACGGCCUGGACAUCGAAGUACCCGGAGCCAGCAUUCUCAGUGCCUUUGGCUUCGACAAUCUGGCACUGUGGAACGAUGUCAUCGGCCUGGGUGUCUUUGCAGGAGCAUUCAUCAUCAUCGCAUACAUAGCCAUGCAUUUCCUGCUUGUUGAGAAGAGGUGA